AUGGCAUAUAACGAUGAGAAAGUCAUGCGUGAUGGCUCUCCUAUCAGCCACGAUGGUGAUUCCACCGAUCAGCAUCUUUCCGCUGGUCAGUAUCUGGCUACACGCCUCACAACAUUGAAGCCGCCAUUAGCGAAAGCUCCGAAUCCGAUUCGACUUCUGCGAAUGUUGAAUCUUCAGCAAUGGCUUUUCUUCUUCGUGGCAUUCAUCGCUUGGACUUGGGAUGCUUUUGACUUCUUCACAGUAUCCUUGACGGUCGAACAGUUAGCAGAAGAGUUUGGAAAGACCAACAGGGACAUCACGUGGGGUAUCACACUCGUAUUGAUGCUUCGAUCCGUUGGUGCCAUCAUAUUCGGUAUCGCAUCAGAUCGAUACGGACGUAAAUGGCCUUUCAUUGUCAACAAUAUUCUUUUCAUUGUCCUCGAGCUAGCAACCGGGUUCACCCAGAACUAUGAUCAAUUCCUCGCUGUGCGUGCCCUCUUUGGCAUCGCCAUGGGCGGCCUGUACGGCAAUGCAGCCGCCACAGCACUCGAAGAUUGUCCUCAAGAGGCCCGCGGGAUCAUCUCUGGAAUGCUACAACAAGGGUAUGCAUUCGGCUAUCUCCUCGCAACCGCCUUUGCCCGCGGGUUGGUCGACACAACUUCCCAUGGCUGGCGACCACUUUUCUGGUUUGGAGCUUGCCCUCCGGUCUUGAUCAUUAUCUUCCGCUACUUCCUUCCGGAAACCGUCUCCUUCCGUGAGCGUGUUGCCGCCCGCAAAGCGCAAGGCUCUAUCGCCGGCACGUUCGUUAAGGAAGGCAAGGUCGCUCUUCGCCGCCAUUGGAUCUUGCUCAUCUACCUAGUCCUGCUGAUGGCUGGAUUUAACUUUAUGUCCCACGGCUCCCAGGACCUCUACCCCACCAUGCUCACCAACCAGUUUAAUUUCAGUCAUAAUGCCGUCACCGUCACCCAAGUGGUCGCUAACCUUGGCGCCAUAACUGGCGGCACCGUAAUCGGCUAUUGCUCGCAGAUAUUCGGCCGUCGAUUCACUAUCAUCGUCAUGUGUAUCCUCGGUGGCGCCUUGCUUUACCCAUACUCCUUCACCACGUCUCACAGCGUCACCGCCGCGGCGUUUUUUGAGCAAUUUUGCGUCCAGGGCGCUUGGGGCGUGAUUCCUAUCCACCUAAUGGAAUUGUCUCCGGGGUCUUUCCGUACCUUCGUCGUAGGGACGUCCUACCAACUCGGUAACCUUAUCAGCUCUGCCUCAUCGACCAUCGAGGCUACUAUUGGUGAGAGAUUCCCGCUCCCGCCUAAAUUUCAAAGAGGUCACGAGAUCAGACGGUAUGAUUAUGGAAAGGUCAUCUGUAUUUUCAUGGCCUGCGUGUAUGUGUAUGUGAUUGUUCUGACGUUCCUCGGACCGGAGAGGAGGGGUAGGAGUAUGGAUGUUGAGCAUGAUAGCGAUAUGGCCGAGGUUAGAGGUGGACACUUAGAUGGAGGCAGUGUUGCUCGCCAUGGUCAGCGUCAGCAUCAGCGUCACGAGGACGCAGGAGAAGUCAGUAGCAUGGAUGAGGAGCAAGCGGUGGAGACGCAGCAGCAGAAAGAGGCUGUCUAG